AUCGAAAGGGAAGGAGGACGAGAAGCGGAGGCAAGCCCGAACCUCUCUGUUGCAACUGAGUGGAGUCUCUUCUGUGCAACAUAAAACAGCCCUUUGUCUACAAAGAGUGCUUCGGAGGAACUGAGGAUGGCCCUCUCCACGUGGGUCGUGGCCUCGGUGGCCAUCUUUCUCUUCCAUCAAGAUGCUAGCGGUGGACUCAUCAAGAGAAUCAUUCGGCAGAAGAGGGAAACGGGAAUCAAUGUGACACUGCCAGAGGAUAACCAACCUGUGGUCUUCAACCACGUCUACAACAUCAAUGUCCCUGUGGGCUCCCUUUGCUCUGUAGACUUGGAUUCUCCCAGUGGAGACUCAGACUUCAAAGUCCCGUCCGAGCCAGGCAAACACUAUCAGGAGCACACACUGAAUGAAGACAAUCAGAUUGUGUUCACGCACCGCAUCAAUAUCCCACGACGGGCUUGUGGUUGUGCGGCGGCCCCAGAUAUCAAGGUGCUACUAAGCCGACUUGAAGAAUUGGAAGAGCUGGUAUCUUCUCUGCAGGAACAGUGUGGCAGUGGGUCAGGGUGCUGUUCCAGUCCUCAAACGGCGAAAGGUACCAUUGAUGCUACUCCCUACUGCAGCGGACGAGGAAACUACAGCAAUGAUAUUUGUGGUUGCAUCUGCGAACAGGGAUGGAAAGGACCAAAUUGCUCUGAACCAGAAUGCCCACAGAACUGCAACGAGAGAGGCCAGUGCAUCAAUGGCCAGUGUAUUUGUGAUUAUGGUUACACCGGCUAUGAUUGUGGAGAGCUGGCCUGUCCUGGGGACUGCAACGAUCAAGGCAAAUGUGUGGAUGGGAAAUGUGUGUGCUUCGAUGGUUACGCUGGGGAUGACUGCAGCUUUGAGGUCUGCUUGGUGCCCUGCAGUGAGUAUGGCAAUUGUGUGAAUGGACAAUGCAUCUGCAUGGAAGGUUUCACUGGAGUGGACUGCAGCAAGUCCCUUUGCCUUAACAACUGCAAUAAUCGGGGGCGCUGUGUGGAAGAGGAGUGUGUGUGUGAUGAAGGAUACACAGGUGAGGACUGCAGUGAGCUCAUUUGCCCCAACGAUUGCUAUGACCGGGGUCGUUGCAUCAACGGCACCUGCUACUGUGAAACUGGAUUCACUGGUGAGGACUGUGGAGACCUGGCCUGUCCAAAUGAUUGUCAUCACAAUGGUCGCUGUGAGAAUGGGGUGUGCGUGUGCGAUGAAGGCUUCUUGGGGCCAGACUGUGGGGAGGUGAGGUGUCUCAAUGACUGCCACAACCAGGGCCAGUGUGUGAAUGGCCAGUGUGUGUGUGAUGAAGCCUUCAUGGGGGAGGAUUGUCGUGAACUAAGAUGCCCCAAGGAUUGCAACAACCAUGGCCAGUGUGUUGGUGGGAAAUGUCAGUGUGAUGAGGAUUACAUGGGGGAGGAUUGUGGGGAUCUGAGAUGCCUUCAUGACUGCCACAAUCGCGGCCAGUGCAUCAAAGGGCAGUGUGUAUGCGAUGAAGGCUUUGUGGGGGAGGACUGCAGCCAGCGCAGGUGUCCCAACGAUUGCCACAAGCGAGGGAAAUGUGUGGAUGGCCAGUGUGUAUGUGAAGAAGCUUUCACUGGGCUUGAUUGCAAUGAACUGCGGUGCCCCAAUGACUGCAAUGACCACGGACGCUGCGUUGAUGGGCAAUGCAUAUGUGAUGAAGGGUACACUGCUGAAGACUGCUCAGAACUGACCUGUCCCCAGGACUGCAACCGUCGUGGACGUUGUGUCAAUGGUGUCUGUGAAUGCAACGAAGGCUUCCUUGGGGAGGACUGUGGGGAGCUAGCUUGCAUCAACAACUGCAACAACCAAGGCCAUUGUCUGAAUGGACAGUGUGUCUGUAAUGAGGGCUUCACCAGUGUAGACUGUGGCCAACGGAAAUGCCUUGAUGACUGCAACAACAGAGGACAGUGCAUUGAUGGCGUGUGUCUAUGUGAUGAAGGAUAUGAAGGCCCUGCUUGUGCUGGACAGUCCUGCCCCAACAACUGCAAUGAUCUUGGUCGUUGUGUAGCCGGGCGAUGUGUCUGUGAAGAAGGCUUCAUAGGUGCUGACUGUUCAGAUGUAUCUCCUCCAAAGAAUUUGAUGGUGACCGAAGUGACAGAUAAAACCAUUAACUUGGAAUGGGCAAAUGAAAAUGUUGUCAAUGAAUAUCUCAUCAGCUACAUUCCGACCAGCAUUGAUGGCUUAGAAUUUCAGUUCCGGGUACCUGGAAACAAAACAUCAGCCACCAUCCGGGAGCUGGAACCUGGUGUGGAAUAUUUCAUCCGUGUUUUUGCCAUCCUAAGGAACAAAAAAAGCAUCCCAAUUAAUGCCCGAAUUGCUACUUACUUGCCUGCCCCCGAUGGCUUGAAGUUCAAAUCUGUUAAAGAGACUUCCGUGGAGGUUGAAUGGGAUGCCUUUAAUUUCCCUUUCCAUGGGUGGGAGAUUAUCUUUAGAAGCAUGAAAGAGGAAGAGAAUGGGGCCAUUCGAAGCAGCCUGAAGAGCCCUCAAACAACCUACCUACAACAAGGUCUUGCCCCAGGACAACAGUACAAUGUAUCUCUGGUUGUCGUGAAGAAUCAGACCAGAGGACCUGCUGUGUCGAGAAUCGUGACCACAAAACUGGAUGCCCCCAGCCAGAUUGAAGCAAAGGAUGUUACCGACACUACCGCCCUCAUAACAUGGUUCAGGCCCUUAGCUGAGAUAGACGGACUUGAGUUGACUUAUGGGCCCAAGGAUACCCCAGGAGACCGCACUUCCAUUGACCUCUCCGAAGACGAAAGCCAGUAUUCCAUUGGAAAUCUCAAGCCACACACGGAAUAUGAGGUGAUCCUCGUGUCUCGGCGUGGACUCAUGGCGAGUGACCCCAUCACUGAAAAUUUUGUCACAGAUCUGGAUGCUCCCCAAAAUCUGAGGCACGUUUCUCAGACGGACCGCACUAUCACGCUGGAGUGGGAAAACAGUCGAGCCAUGCCAGAUGUCUACAGGAUCAAAUACGCCCCUCUCUCUGGUGGAGACCACGCUGAGGUCACGGUGCCCCGAAGCAAUCAGGCCACCUCCAAAGUUACACUCUCUGGCCUGAGACCGGGAACAGAAUACGGCAUUGGAGUAACUUCAGUGAAAGAGGACAAAGAAAGUUUUCCUUCCACCAUCAAUGCUGGAACCGAUCUAGAUAGUCCCAAGGACCUGGAGGUCAUUGACCCUACUGAAACUGCUUUUACUUUACGUUGGAAGAGACCUCUGGCCAAAAUUGACCGUUACCGCCUUACUUACAACACCUCUCUGGGGAAGAAGAAUGAAAUUGAGAUUCCACCUGAUAGCACAUCCUAUAUCCUAAGGUCACUAGAUUCUGGGACGGAAUACACGAUCAUCCUCGUGGCUGAAAAAGGCAGGCUCAAGAGUAAGCCUUCAACUGUCACUGGUUCUACAGAAGAAGAACCUGAGCUGGGCAAUUUAUCAGUUGCAAAAGUCUACUGGGAUGGAUUCUACCUCACCUGGACAGCAGCUGAUGGUGCCUAUGAGACUUUUGUCAUACAGGUGCGGGAGUCCAACCAACCGGAAGAUACACAAACUCUCACCCUUCCGGGGACACAACGGUCGAUAAAUCUCUCCGGACUCUUGCCGAAUACUCUUUACACAAUCACCAUCUAUGGAAUAACUCAGGGCUACCAAACAAAACCCAUCUUUGUUGAAUCUACCACAGGGGCCAAACCCGAAGUUGGAAACCUGACCAUUUGGGGCGUGACCCCGGAAAGCUUCAACCUCUCGUGGACGACCUCCCGAGGAAACUUUGAACUCUUUACCCUUGAAAUCAUUGAUUCCAACAGGUUGCUGGAACCCAUGGAAUACAACAUUUCAGGCAGUUUAAGGACUGCCCAUAUCUCAGGGCUGCCCCCUCAAACCAGUUUCAUUAUCUACCUCUAUGGAGUCACUCGUGGCAUCCGCACCCAGGCAUUAAGAACAACUGCCGUAACAGAAGCCGAACCUGAAGUAGAUCACCUUUUGGUAUCGGACGCUACCCCCCACGGUUUCCGCCUGUCUUGGACAGCGGAUGAAGGAGCCUUUGACAGUUUUGUCCUUAAAAUCAGGGAUUCCAACAGGCUUUUAGAACCUCUGGAGAUAAUCGUACCAGGUCAUCAACGAACUCAGGACAUCCAAGGGCUGAAAGAAGGGACCGAAUAUUAUGUAGAGCUCUACGGAGUUAUCAGCGGACGGCGUUCCCAGCCCGUAAAUGCAAUUGCUAUGACAGCGGUGGGAUCCCCGAAGGAAAUCUCUUUCUCAGAAAUUACUGAAACUUCAACUGUGGUUAGUUGGAAGCCUCCCUUGACGCGAGUUGACAGUUUCCGAAUUUCAUACGGUCCAGAACCUGGAGACCACUUCAAAUCUUUGACCGUGGAUGGAAACCGGAGUAGAAUCAAGCUAGUCGAUCUGAUCCCUGGCAUAAAAUAUAUCGUCAAUGUUGUAGCUAUCAAAGGUUUUGAAGAAAGUGACCCUGUUUCUGGAUCUCUAGUUACAGAAUUGGAUAGUCCGUCUGGGCUGAGGGUAGUAAACAUCACGGACUCCAAAGCUUUAGCUGUUUGGCAACCAGCCCUUGCCGCUGUGGACAAAUAUUUGAUAUCCUAUCUUGCAGAAGGAGAGACAGAAGUGACACAAAGGGUAUCUGGCAAUACCAUGGAAUAUGAUCUCGUUGGCCUUCGACCGGCUACGGAAUACACCCUCAAGAUUCAAGCCAUCAAAGGCCCUCAGAAAAGCAGGAUUCUCUCGGCCAGAUUCAUUACAGGUCCUGAUGCUCCCAGAUCUCUGACUGCUUCUGAUGUCCAGUUUGAAACAGCUGUCCUCACAUGGAAGCCACCCCAGGGGUCUAUCACAGGCUACCUUCUGAUCUACGAAUCUGCUGAUGGCAAAAUCAAGGAAGUGGUCCUGGGGCCCGAAUCUACUUCAUACAGCUUAGCAGACUUGAGUUCCUCCACUCUAUACAAGGCAAAGCUGCAGGCCCUGCUCCACACAUUAAAGAGCGACUUCAUCCAAACCACGUUCACCACAACUGGACUUCUCUACCCUUACCCCAAAGACUGCUCCCAAACUCUGCUGAAUGGGGAAAUAGCUUCUGGACUGUACACCAUCUAUAUCAACGGCAACCAAUCUCAGCCUGUUGAAGUGUAUUGUGACAUGAGCUCUGACGGAGGCGGAUGGAUUGUCUUUUUGAGAAGGCAGAACGGCGAAGUGGACUUCUACCAGAAUUGGAGGACUUACGAGAGUGGUUUUGGGGAUCCCAAUCAUGAAUUCUGGCUAGGGCUGGAGAAGCUUCACCGAAUCACUUCCCAAGGCCCGUAUGAGCUGAGGGUGGACCUGAGCGAUCGCGACGAGACCGCCUAUGCUCUCUACAACCAGUUCACCGUGGGGGAUGCCAGGACACGCUAUCGGCUGAAAGUAGAUGGCUACAGUGGUAACGCAGGUGAUUCCAUGAAUUACCACAAUGGACGCUCGUUCUCCACCUUUGACAAGGACAAUGACUCCGCCAUCACAAAUUGUGCCUUAUCAUACAAAGGAGCGUUCUGGUACAAAAACUGUCAUCGAGUCAACCUUAUGGGUCGGUACGGAGACAACAGUCACAGCCAGGGAAUCAACUGGUUCCACUGGAAAGGCCACGAGCAUUCCAUUCCAUUUGCGGAGAUGAAGCUACGGCCUUCCAGUUUUAGGAAUUUGGAAGGAAGGCAGAAGAGAGCGUAAAGGAUAUCUUACUUUUUUCUUUCUUUCUUUUUCUUUUUUUGGCAUUGACCGAGAAAAAUGGAACAAAAGGGUGGACAUUU